AUUCAUAAUUCAAAUCAACGUUUGAAAUUUGUCAAAAUUUUGUGUGUUGUAACUUUUAAAAUUUGUUGUUAAAGUAAAAAAUGGCGUGCGCGAGACAAAGUUUGCUCGCUGAACUGCAUGAUUUAGUAAACCAAAUAGGAGAUAGCUGCGGGUCCUCGUCAGAUCCCUGUUCUUGCUGCACGCCAGACCCGCCAUGUGCUCCUUGUUGCCCUCCCUGUAAUUUCCCGUACGCCCAAGUAAUAAUCUCAUGCCCGCCCCCGGUUUUGGCCCCAAUUUACCCCGAGCCCGUGAAACCUCUGGGCUUGUUUUGUCCAAAAACGGAAACACCUUUGAUGACUUUACAAGAACGGGAAGACUCUCGAUACGACAGUUUUUACAACAAUUAUAAUAUCGACUGGCAUAGCGAAAGCCCGCGUUACGCCAACAAAUACAUACGUCCUGAAUGCACCCCCGACAAACAGAAGGGACAAACAGUGGAUGGAAAAUCGCCUUGUUGCGACUGCUUACCAUGCGAGCCGUGUCUGGACGUCGGGUGCCCCACGGGAUUCAAACCAUGUACCAUGAGAUUGACGCCGCCGCCGUGUUGUCACCCAUGCGGGGUGUGGUGCGCGGAAAUUCAACCAUGCCCUCCAAAGCCGAAAAAGUGUCUCCAUUACAAAAUAGGGGCGGCAUUGGAAACGAAGCCUUGCUCAUAAUGCGUGGUGUUGUAAUGUUUUUGGUUUUUUUUUUUUUUUUUUAGGUAAUAAAUGUCUGGAUCUUGAAUACUAGUUCGUUGAUGUUGUUAGUUACGUGUUUAACUCAAAAAAAUCAAAUCGCUCUUUUAAAGUAAGUGUUGCUAAGUUAUAGGUUUGACAUUCCAAAAUUGAACUAAAUUUUUGUGUGUAAAUUUUGUGUUUGAUAAAUUUUUGUUGUGCCGGGGCUAAAUAUGGCGUGUUGUACAGACGGUUUAUUGUCGGAAUUAAAAGAUCUGGCCAAUCAAAUCGGAGACUGUUGUACCGAGAAGUGUUGUCCUGAGCCUUGUUGCGAACCAUGCUGCCAACCCUGCUGCCCUCCUUGUACUUUUCCCUUCGCCCAAGUGACGAUGUGUUGUCCUCCACCGAUCCUGGCUCCCACGAUACCCCAACCGGUGAAACCCCUCUCUCUACCGUGUCCUCCUUGUUGUGGUCCACCACCGCUAACGCCCGCCGAAGAAGAACGAGCCCGCUACAACAAUUUCUACAACAACUACAACAUCGACUACCACUCGGUGAGCCCUUCUUGUCCCUAUUGUCCCCCCGAGAUACCCCAGAAGCAGCGGUGUUGCCAAGAUUACACGAUAAAAAAAGACGAAGGGUGUUGUACGGCGGGCUGUCCCACAGGAUUCAAACCCUGUUCCAUGAAACUAACUCCUCCUCCUUGUUGUGAUCCGUGCGGGGUUUGGUGCGCCCAAAUCCAACCCUGUCCACCAAAACCCAAAAACAAGAAUGAAAAGUAUGUGCCGGGACCGUGCACUAGGCCUUGCUGUAAACACUGGAAACCUAAAGAGGGGCCAUGUCUCUAUGACGAUCCUUGUAAAGCCCAUUGUUUUAACCAUCCGCCCGGGAUGAAGCCAUCAGGAAGAUGGCCGUGACUUGUCUUGUGUUUAAUUUGGUUUUAGGUAAGUCUAAUUAUUGUAACUGUUUAAGUAAUAAACAUAUCUGGCGUGUUGUUUGUUAUACACAA